GUCAAUUGUCAAUGUUAUUCUAAAAAUAUUGUGAUGAGAAAAGUUUCCAAACAAAUGUUAUACCUAGUAUAAUUUAUAGUUGGUUGCUGAGAAUCAUUUUCUAAGAUGUCUACAAGUGUAGAUGCUGAUCACAAAUUUAAUACAUUUUAUACAGAAGUGAAAGAAAUAGAAAAAAGAGAUUCUGUUUUGACACCUAAACAACAAAUUGAACGACUGCUUCGACCUGGAUCCACUUAUAGAAAUUUGAACCCUUUCGAUGUUCUACAAGUUGAACCAGAAACUCCCCUUGACGAAAUAAAGAAAAAAUAUAGACGUCUAUCUAUUUUAGUGCAUCCUGACAAAAAUCAAGAUGAUCCUGAUAGAGCCCAACAAGCCUUUGAAGCUGUUAACAAAGCAUGGAAAACAUUAGAAAAUGAAGACACGAGGAAAAAGUGCAUGGACAUAAUCGAAGAAGCAGUUGGCAGAACAGAUUUAAUGCUUGCAGAGAAGAAAAAGAAAGCAAAAAAGGAAGGAAAAGAUUCUAUACCAGAAGAUGAUCCUGCUCAAUACAAACAUGCAGUUUAUGUUUUGACUAUGAAACUAUUUGCAGAUAUGGAACGUAAGAGGCGUGAAUUAGCCGAAAGAGAUCAAGAAGAAAGGAAAAGAAAAAGAGAAGCAGAAAUCGAAGAAGAAGAGUCAGCCAAAGCGCAAAAAGAAUGGCAGAAAAAUUUCGAGGAAUCGAGACAAAAUAGAGUCAAUAGUUGGCAAAAUUUUCAAGCUAGUAAAAAAUCUAAAGACAAAUCGAGUAAAAAAAUUAAAACCUUCAAACCACCGAAAAAUAAACCAGAAUCCAGAUAAGGAAUGGGAAAUGAACUUUUGUAAUAAGUGUGUAGUAAAUAAUUAUAUGAUUCUGUUAUUUGAAAUAAAAGAUUUUUUUGC